AUGUGACUAUCUCACCUCAUAAUCAAAUGACCCUAAAUCCCUCACUAACCUGCCCCCUCCCUCACUAAACUUAAUAAUAAAUGCUGGUAUAUCUAGUGCAUCGUUGGCACCACGGGACCAGAAGGCUGUGACCCCCCCUGGACCCAGCUUUCACUAUCUUGUGUGUGUCUAUUAUUUCUCAACCUGCCAAUCCACCUAAAAACAAAGAGAGAGCCCCGUUGCAUUGCAGGCUGCUGGCCAGAUCCCACAAUACAUACUCAGAUUCCAAAAUGCAUUCUUAACUCUUAAAAGAUUUUGGUUACUUAUCACUAUUCUGUCUACUUUUCUGUAAUUGAGAAAAGUGUUUGUCAACUCAUUUUUUCUCUUUGUGACAGCUCAGUAAUUUACAAAGUUUUAUGUUAUACUUUACUCCUUCCUUCAAUUUGUGCUAAAACAUUGUGAAAAUUAAUAUUUCUUUGGAACACAAAUUUUUCAUUAUAAAUUAAAUACUGUGAUAAAAUUGCAAAGUAAACAAAUGAGUUUCCAUAAAGCUAAUUUAUCUUUACUCUAUAUUUUCCAUAUUUAUUACUUCAAAUUCUUGUUACAUUUUCAAUUUUGUUUGAAAUAUCAUAUGGUAUUUUUAAUUUAAAUUUACUAAUUAUUUUUUAGUCAGUGGGUAAAGAGAAAUUAAAAAUUUGAACAAAUUAAUUCAGUUUUUACUUCACUUCUCAUUUGAAGGUCUUCCCAGUAACCUACCAAAACAAGUCUCUCUCUUUUUUUUUUUUUUUUUUAACUUAAAUUCUAAUCUUCACUCUGCCAACUUCUCAACUCUGGCUAUUUUUCAAUUAUACCCCAAUCCCUAAGCCAUGUAACUCUCCGAGGUUUUUGUUUGUUUUUUCAACUGCUCAUUAAGAUGUCCUACACCUUAGCAAAAAGAUCAUACAUAUUUCUUCAAUGCUUUGAAGCCAUAGUCAUGUACUCAAAAUUUAUUUUAUCUCUACUCCCACCCUUCCUCCACCCAAACUUAUCCUUGGGUUUUCACUGAUUAGUGCUUUCAAGCCUGCCUGCCUUAGUUCAUGUAGCUCCUCCUCUGGUACUGGGAUAAACACUUGUAUUACCAUUUUAAAGGCUAUCAUUACUCUUUAUCUGUGAAGAGUAGAACAUGAAGAAAUCUACUUUAUUCAGAUAUUCUCUAGAUUCCUAAAGAUUAGAGAUCAUUUCUCAUCCUUCUAGGAGUACUCACUUCAGGAAGCAUCCAGAUAAAAGAUACAUAUAGAACAGACUGCAGCAGAGAGGCAAAUCUUUAAUGUUGUGAGACUAUAGACAAGUUGGUGAAACGGCUACAUGAGGGCGGAGGACAAGAAGGUGCAGAUUGUGGCAGUCACUUCAAAUGGAAAUAUCACUGCUUGAAUGAAGGUCGGGAUGGAUCUUGAAGGGGACCGCAAUGGAGGAGCAGAGAAGAAGAACUUUUAUAAAUUCAACAAUAAAAGUGAGAAAGAUAAGAAGGAAAAGAAACCAACUGUCAGUGUAUUUUCAAUGUUUCGCUAUUCAAACUGGCUUGACAAGUUGUAUAUGGUGGUGGGAACUUUGGCUGCCGUCAUCCAUGGGGCUGGACUUCCUCUCAUGAUGCUGGUGUUUGGAGAAAUGACAGAUACCUUUGCAAAUGCAGGAAAUUUAGAAGAUCUGUUGUCAAACAUCACUAAUAAAAGUGAUAUCAAUGAUACAGGGCUCUUCAUGAAUCUGGAGGAAAACAUGACCAGGUAUGCCUAUUAUUACAGUGGAAUUGGUGCUGGGGUGCUGGUUGCUGCUUACAUUCAGGUUUCAUUUUGGUGCCUGGCAGCUGGAAGACAAAUAUACAAAAUUAGAAAACAGUUUUUUCAUGCUAUAAUGCGACAGGAGAUAGGCUGGUUUGAUGUGCACGAUGUUGGGGAGCUUAACACCCGACUUACAGAUGAUGUCUCCAAGAUUAAUGAAGGAAUUGGUGACAAAAUUGGAAUGUUCUUUCAGUCAAUGGCAACAUUUUUCACUGGGUUUAUAGUAGGAUUUACACGUGGUUGGAAGCUAACCCUUGUGAUUUUGGCCAUCAGUCCUGUUCUUGGACUGUCAGCUGCUGUCUGGGCAAAGAUACUAUCUUCAUUUACUGAUAAAGAACUCUUAGCUUAUGCAAAAGCUGGAGCAGUAGCUGAAGAGGUCUUGGCAGCAAUUAGAACUGUGAUUGCAUUUGGAGGACAAAAGAAAGAACUUGAAAGGUACAACAAAAAUUUAGAAGAAGCUAAAAGAAUUGGGAUAAAGAAAGCUAUUACAGCCAAUAUUUCUAUAGGUGCUGCUUUCCUGCUGAUCUAUGCAUCUUAUGCUCUGGCCUUCUGGUAUGGGACCACCUUGGUCCUCUCAGGGGAAUAUUCUAUAGGACAAGUACUCACAGUAUUCUUUUCUGUAUUAAUUGGGGCUUUUAGUGUUGGACAGGCAUCUCCAAGCAUUGAAGCAUUUGCAAAUGCAAGAGGAGCAGCUUAUGAAAUCUUCAAGAUAAUUGAUAAUAAGCCAAGUAUUGACAGCUAUUCGAACAGUGGGCACAAACCAGAUAAUAUUAAGGGAAAUUUGGAAUUCAGAAAUGUUCACUUCAGUUACCCAUCUCGAAAAGAAGUUAAGAUCUUGAAGGGCCUCAACCUGAAGGUGCAGAGUGGGCAGACGGUGGCCCUGGUUGGAAACAGUGGUUGUGGGAAGAGCACAACGGUCCAGCUGAUGCAGAGGCUCUAUGACCCCACAGAGGGGAUGGUCAGUGUUGAUGGACAGGAUAUUAGGACCAUAAACGUAAGGUUUCUCCGGGAGAUCAUCGGUGUGGUGAGUCAGGAACCUGUAUUGUUUGCCACCACGAUAGCUGAAAACAUUCGCUAUGGCCGUGAAAAUGUCACCAUGGAUGAGAUUGAGAAAGCUGUCAAGGAAGCCAAUGCCUAUGACUUUAUCAUGAAACUGCCUCAUAAAUUUGACACCCUGGUUGGAGAGAGAGGGGCCCAGCUGAGUGGUGGGCAGAAGCAGAGGAUCGCCAUUGCACGUGCCCUGGUUCGCAACCCCAAGAUCCUCCUGCUGGACGAGGCCACGUCAGCCUUGGACACAGAAAGUGAAGCAGUGGUUCAGGUGGCUCUGGAUAAGGCCAGAAAAGGUCGGACCACCAUUGUGAUAGCUCAUCGUUUGUCUACAGUUCGUAAUGCUGACGUCAUCGCUGGUUUCGAUGAUGGAGUCAUUGUGGAGAAAGGAAAUCAUGAUGAACUCAUGAAAGAGAAAGGCAUUUACUUCAAACUUGUUACAAUGCAGACAGCAGGAAAUGAAGUUGAAUUAGAAAAUGCAGCUGAUGAAUCCAAAAGUGAAAUUGAUGCCUUGGAAAUGUCUUCAAAUGAUUCAGGAUCCAGUCUAAUAAGAAAAAGAUCAACUCGUAGGAGUGUCCGUGGAUCACAAGCCCAAGACAGAAAGCUUAGUACCAAAGAGGCUCUGGAUGAAAGUAUACCUCCAGUUUCCUUUUGGAGGAUUAUGAAGCUAAAUUUAACUGAAUGGCCUUAUUUUGUUGUUGGUGUAUUUUGUGCCAUUAUAAAUGGAGGUCUGCAACCAGCAUUUGCAGUAAUAUUUUCAAAGAUUAUAGGGGUUUUUACAAGAAAUGAUGAUCCUGAAACAAAACGACAGAAUAGUAACUUGUUUUCACUAUUGUUUCUAGUCCUUGGAAUUAUUUCUUUUAUUACAUUUUUCCUUCAGGGUUUCACAUUUGGCAAAGCUGGAGAGAUCCUCACCAAGCGGCUCCGAUACAUGGUUUUCCGAUCCAUGCUCAGACAGGAUGUGAGCUGGUUUGAUGACCCUAAAAACACCACUGGAGCAUUGACUACCAGGCUCGCCAAUGAUGCUGCUCAAGUCAAAGGGGCUAUAGGUUCCAGGCUUGCUGUAAUUACCCAGAAUAUAGCAAAUCUUGGGACAGGAAUAAUUAUAUCCUUCAUCUAUGGUUGGCAACUAACACUGUUACUCUUAGCAAUUGUACCCAUCAUUGCAAUAGCAGGAGUUGUUGAAAUGAAAAUGUUGUCUGGACAAGCACUGAAAGAUAAGAAAGAACUAGAAGGUGCUGGGAAGAUCGCUACUGAAGCAAUAGAAAACUUCCGAACCGUUGUUUCUUUGACUCAGGAGCAGAAGUUUGAACAUACGUAUGCUCAGAGUUUGCAGGUACCAUACAGAAACUCUUUGAAGAAAGCACACAUCUUUGGAAUUACGUUUUCCUUCACCCAGGCAAUGAUGUAUUUUUCCUAUGCUGGAUGUUUCCGGUUUGGAGCCUACUUGGUGGCACAUAGACUCAUGAGCUUUGAGGAUGUUCUGUUAGUAUUUUCAGCUGUUGUCUUUGGUGCCAUGGCCGUGGGGCAAGUCAGUUCAUUUGCUCCUGACUAUGCCAAAGCCAAAGUAUCAGCAGCCCACAUCAUCCUGAUCAUUGAAAAAUCACCUUUGAUUGACAGCUAUAGCACGGAAGGCCUAAAGCCGAACACAUUGGAAGGAAAUGUCACAUUUAGUGAAGUUGUAUUCAACUAUCCCACCCGACCGGACAUCCCAGUGCUUCAGGGACUGAGCCUGGAGGUGAAGAAGGGCCAGACGCUGGCCCUGGUGGGCAGCAGUGGCUGUGGGAAGAGCACGGUGGUCCAGCUCCUGGAGCGGUUCUACGACCCCUUGGCAGGGAAAGUGCUGCUUGAUGGCAAAGAAAUAAAGCAACUGAAUGUCCAGUGGCUCCGAGCACACCUAGGCAUCGUGUCCCAGGAGCCCAUCCUGUUUGACUGCAGCAUUGCUGAGAACAUUGCCUAUGGAGACAACAGCCGGGUGGUGUCACAGGAAGAGAUUGUGAGGGCGGCCAAGGAGGCCAACAUACAUGCCUUCAUCGAGUCACUGCCUAAUAAAUACAGCACUAGAGUAGGAGACAAAGGAACUCAGCUCUCUGGUGGCCAGAAACAACGCAUUGCCAUAGCUCGUGCCCUUGUUAGACAGCCUCAUAUUUUGCUUUUGGAUGAAGCCACAUCAGCUCUGGAUACAGAAAGUGAAAAGGUUGUCCAAGAAGCCCUGGACAAAGCCAGAGAAGGCCGCACCUGCAUUGUGAUUGCUCACCGCCUGUCCACCAUCCAGAAUGCAGACUUAAUAGUGGUGUUUCAGAAUGGCAGAGUCAAGGAGCACGGCACACAUCAGCAGCUGCUGGCACAGAAAGGCAUCUAUUUUUCAAUGGUCAGUGUCCAGGCUGGAACAAAGCGCCAGUGAACUGUGACUGUAUGAGAUGUUAAAUACUUUUUAAUAUUUGUUUAGAUAUGGCAUUUAUUCAAAGUUAAAAGCAAGCACUUACAGAAUUAUGAAGAGGUAUCUGUUUAACAUUUCCUCAAUCAAGUUCAGAGUCUUCAGAGACUUCGUAAUUAAAGGAACAGAGUGAGAGACAACAUCAAGUGGAGAGAAAUCAUAGUUUAAACUGCACUAUAAAUUUUAUAACAGAAUUAAAGUAGAUUUUUAAAGAUAAAAUGUGCAAUUUUGUUUAUAUUUUCUCAUUUGGACUGUAACUGACUGCCUUGCUGAAAGAUUAUAGAAGUAGCAAAAAGUAUUGAAAUGUUUGCGUAAAGUGUCUAUAAUAAAACUAAACUUUCAUAUGACCGGAAGUCAUCUUGUCCAAACUGCCUGUGAAUAUAUCUUCUCUCAAUUGGAAUAUUGUAGAUAACUUCUGCUUUAAAAAAGUUUUCUUUAACUAUAUCUACUCAUUUUUGUGGGAAUGGUUAAGCAGUUUAAAUAAUUCCUGUUGUAUAUGUCUAUUCACAUUGGGUCUUACAGAACCAUCUGGCUUCAUUCUUCUUGGACUUGAUCCUGCUGAUUCUUGCAUUUCCAUAUUAAGGUGGCUCUCAAACCCAAAACACAGAUCAAUAUAAGAUUUUAGGAGGUGGGGUGAGGCACAAUUAUGAAGCGCAUAUUAUUCAGAUGUACAGUAAAUACUUUGCAUUGCUUUUAUAAAGGGUUCUUUAAGGAUUUUUAAAGAUUUUUACACUUCGAAAGUACAUUUACUUUUUGUCUUGAUAAUGAAUCACUUUUGCCAGUAAUUGGCCUCUUCCAAAAGUGAUCCUUCUGACUUACAGAUGUUUAAAAUGUGCCAUGAGUUUAACUACAUCUUGAUACAAACAUGAUGAAAAAAGAAAAAAAUAUAUUCCAAAGGUUGGUACUCUGGAUGAAAAAUUUUUUAAAAUUAGCCAAAAAGCAUUAUUAACAUUAUAAACUAUAUUUACUAUAAACAAUUGCUAUCUUAAAUAAGGAACUUCUAAGAAUAAAAAAAAGAAGCCAUCACCUCCAGGAAAAAAAAUAGGAAAGGAUAUAAUCAGGUAAUUCUCAAAGAAGAAAUGCAUGAGAAAAAUGUAUACAGUUUCAACAAUCAAAUAAAUGCAAAUUAAAACAAAAUACCAUUUUUUGUCUUGUAAUUUAAUGAUGAAUAAAAAAAUCUAAUGUGACAUUCCUUGUUAGUUGAAUUGGUCAUUGAUAUAAACUUCUCUGUUAUUUGAUAAUGUAAGUAAAAAUUAUAAAUGUAUAUCCUUCAAGACAGCAAUUGUAAUUCUAAGGAUUUAAGAGAUAUGUAAAAGGAUACUUUUAGUAGCAUUACUUAUAAUAUUGAAAAUUGGAAAGAUCUAAAUAUUUAACAGUAAGAGAUCAUACAUUAAAUUUUGGUGUAUUCACAAAAUGGAAUACCAUAUAAUCAUUAGAAAAUUAAGUUGAAGAAUAUUACAAAAUAUAAUUUGUAUGAAGAAAAAAUGGUUGCCAAAUGGCUUGAAAAAUAUGGUGGCUUCUUUUAUAUUAUAUAUAUAAUAUAAAUCUAUAUUUAUGUAUCUAUAGUUAUCUAUCUAUAUUUAUAUAUCUGUAACUAUAGAUACAGUUUACAUAUAUCUAAUUUUAUAUAUAUUAUAUAUAAUUUUAUAUAUAAUAUAUAUAUUUAAACUUCUGAGAGACAGUCAAAAAUAAACCAGAAUUAGAAAUGAUUUUAUCUCCUAAGUUUUCAGCUGUUGUUUUAAAAUUUUAAGGCUUUAAAAAGUGUGCUUAGUUUAGGAAAUUUUGAUAAAUUUAUGUGAAUAGAAGCAUAAAACCAUGUCACUUGGUUUGACUUCUUAAAAAUUUUUCCCCCAACUCUUUGUAUGUCUGCUGUAAGGACACUUUCUUUCUUUUUUUUUUUUUUUUGAAGCGUAGUCUUGCUCUGUUGACCAGGCUAGACUAGAGUGCAGUGGUGAUCUCGGCUCGCUGCAACCUCCACCUCCGGGUUCAAGCGAUUCUCUUGCCUCAGCCUCCUGAGUAGCUGGGAUAAAAUUUCUUAGAUGUCUAUAAAAAGAAAAAUAAAAGUAUUUUUUACUGUCAUUUGCACAGUCUAGUUGCUGUAGUUGAUGACACUCGUUGGCUGUCUCUGAACCAUGUUUCCCUGUUCACUGUUUUGCCCUGGCUGGAGUUGCAUGGAGGUGGAGCCCCACCCAGGGCCUCCAGCUUUUUCUGCUUGAGUAUAUUGCUGCCCCUUUAACAUUAAAGGCUGGCAGAGAGGGGGGUGCUCUUUUUCACACCAUUUAUUUUCUCCAAAUUUACCUCACAGUGUCAAUUACCAUAUUCAACCAGUGAUCUCAGAUGCAACAAAUGAUUUUAGUACAAGCAAAGUCUCACUCAGAGACAUGUACGCCAUUAUUUCUAACACUCUUAUAGUAACUCUGGUAAAAAGUAAGAGAAGCAGAAGUUCUUAUGUUUAAGAAACAUUUUCUUGAGUGACACAAAAGGUGAUUACAGUAGUGAAGCUGUGGGACUAUGUGAUUAAGUGUCACACAUCAUGGAUAAUAGUUAAAAGCAUGUGAUAUGGUUUGGCUCUGUGCCUCCACCCAAAUCUCAUGUUGAAUUGUAAUCCCCAACGUUGGGGAAUGGACCUGGUGGGAGGUGAUUGGAUUGUGGCAGCAGAUUUUCCCCUUGCUGUUCUCAUGAUAGUGAGUGAGUUCUCACAAGAUCUGGUUGUUUAAAAGUGUGUAGCACUUCCUGCUUCCCUCUCUCUCUCUCCUGCCACCAUGGGAAGAUGUUUUUCCUUCCCCUUCACCCUUCUGCCAUGAUUAUAAGCUCCCUGAGGCCUCCCCACCCAUGCCUGCUGUACAGCCUGUGGAAUUGUGAGUCAAUUAAACCUCUUUUCUUUAUACAUGA